UUGCCAAAAACUUGUCUGAUGAUGGUAGAGAAUCUCCAGCCCUAAAUAUGGAGAUUGUGAGGAAAGAAAUAGGAUUGGAAUGGAUGCUUAGACCUGCUGAUAGGACUGACAAAGGGCCCACGAUAACUGCUGGUAUGAAGUCUGAGGACAUGAUGCUAGAGGAGCCUUCAACUGAGGAGAUAAAGAAGGUGAAUCCAAAAGAGUUGAAUCCAUACUUAAAGGAGAAUGGAACAGGUUAUCCAGAGGAAGAAGAUGAAAGAAAAGGUGGUGGAGACCAAUUUCUGUCUUCUUCACUGUUGGGGAUGGAGUGCAAGUUGGAGAAUGAAAUCCUUGAAGCGAGCCAAGAGCAGCAGAUCGAGAAGGACGGAGCUUGA